AAAACCGGUAAUUCAACCUCCUGCCUAAUGUUGUUGAAAAGCUCCUUAGAAGUGAAUGGGGUUAAAGUUCUCAAGAGAACUAUGUCUUGAAUAUAAAUGAGAGGAUCAGAAUCCGCUGACAUAGUGAGGAGACGUGUGGGCAUCAAGUUCUGCUGAGUGAACAUUUAGCUGAAACAAGUCCUGGCGGUUGAUCGCUUCCUGUACCAUUUGCGCCUGUCCGAUGAAACUUUAUUGGAUAUUAUGGGACGUUUUCAAGCAGAGAUGGAAAAAGGCCUAAAGAAAGAUACAAACACAACAGCCUCAGUCAAGAUGUUACCAACAUAUGUCAGAACAACUCCUGAUGGAUCUGAAAAGGGGGACUUCCUCGCUCUAGAUCUUGGAGGCUCAAAAUUCAAAGUUCUUAGGGUGAAAGUAUCUCAAGAUGGGAAGCAGAAUGUUCAAAUGGAAAGUCAGAUCUAUCCAACACCAGGGGAGAUAAUAAAUGGAAGCAAAGCUGAACUCUUUGAUUAUGUUGUGAACUGUCUGGGUGAUUUUAUGAAGAAAAGACAGAUAACAGAAAAGCUUCCACUUGGUUUAACCUUCUCUUUUCCAUGCAAACAGACAAAACUUGAUGAGGGGGUCUUGAUAUCCUGGACAAAAGAAUAUAAAGUAAGAGGAGUUCAAGAAACGGAUGUGGUAAAAGCACUAAGGAAAACACUGAGGAAGAAAAAGUACACAAAUGUGGAUGUCCUGAGUUUGGUCAAUGACACGGUGGGCACUAUGAUGACCUGUGGAUAUGAUGACCAACUGUGUGAAGUUGGCGUUAUUGUAGGGAGUGGUACAAAUGCCUGCUACAUGGAGAAUCUGAGUAACAUUGACCUAGUGGAAGGAGAUGAGGGGAGGAUGUGCAUUAAUACAGAAUGGGGAGCUUUUGGAGAUGAUGGUGCCUUAGAUGACAUCAGAACAGAUUUUGACAAUGAAAUAGAUUUAGGAUCAGUAAACCCUGGCAAGCAACUAUUUGAGAAGAUGAUCAGUGGUUUGUACAUGGGAGAACUGGUCAGAAUUAUUCUGCUAAAGAUGGCAAAAAAAGGGCUUCUUUUCAGUGGCAAGGUCUCUAAUGGUCUCCGUACCAAGGGGAAAAUAGAAACAAGUCAUGUGGCUGCCAUGGAAAAAUAUAAGGAAGGGCUGUAUAACACUAGACAGAUAUUACUUGACCUGGGCCUGGAGCCAUCAGAAGAGGACUGCAUUGCUGUUCAGCAUGUCGCCACUAUAGUAUCAUUCCGUUCGGCCAAUCUUUGUGCUGCUGCUCUUGCUGCCAUUCUCACACGACUUCGUGAAAACAAGAAGUUGGAUAGGAUGAGGACAACAGUUGGAAUGGAUGGAACCGUUUAUAGAACACAUCCCCAGUAUGCUAAACGCCUACACAAGGUUGUAAGGAGACUGGUUCCUAACUGUGAUGUGCGCUUCCUACUCUCAGAAAGCGGUAGUGGUAAAGGAGCAGCUAUGGUAACAGCAGUGGCUUGUAGGUUGCUCUCACAACGCAAGGAGAUCGAUGAAGUUCUAAAUCAACUACAGAUUGAUGAGAAGCUUGCAGAUAUUAAAUUACGGAUGAUGGAGGAGCUAAAAUAUGGACUCAGGAAGGAAACGCAUGACUCCGCAACUGUGAAAAUGUUACCGACUUACGUUUAUGGGACACCAGAUGGGACAGAGGAAGGGAACUUUCUAGCUCUGGACCUAGGAGGAACCAACUUCCGAGUCUUGCUCGUCAAAAUCAGGAGCAGGAGAAGACGUUAUGUAAAGAUGUACAACAAGAUCUUUGCUAUACCUCUAGAAAUAAUGCAAGGCACUGGGGAAGAGCUCUUUGACCACAUAGUGGAAUGUAUCGCAGAAUUCCUAGACUACAUGGGAAUUAAAGGUGCCCCAUUGCCCCUGGGAUUUACAUUUUCUUUCCCAUGUCAACAAGAUCAAAUUGACAAGGGAACAUUAGUUGGAUGGACAAAGGGCUUUAAAGCCACUGACUGUGAAGGACAGGAUGUAGUAGACAUGUUAAGAGAAGCUAUCAAGAGGAGAAAUGAGUUUGACUUAGACAUUGUGGCAAUUGUCAAUGACACAGUAGGAACCAUGAUGACAUGCGGAUAUGAAGAUCCAGACUGUGAGAUUGGACUCAUUGCAGGUACUGGGAGCAAUGUUUGUUAUAUGGAAGAAAUGAAGAACAUUGAAUUUUUAGAUGGCGAUGAAGGGAAAAUGUGUAUUAACACAGAAUGGGGAGGAUUUGGGGAUAAUGGCCGUCUCUCAGACAUCCAGACACAAUAUGAUAGACACGUGGAUGUAAAUUCCUUAAAUCCUGGAAAACAAAGCUUUGAAAAGAUGUCAAGUGGAAUGUACCUUGGAGAAAUUGUGAGACAGGUUCUGAUUGAUCUAACCAAGAGAGGCCUCCUAUUUCGAGGACAGAUUUCUGAACGGCUGAGGACAAAGGGAAUAUUUGAAACCAAAUUUCUGUCUCAGAUAGAAAGUGAUCGUCUAGCUCUCCUCCAGGUCAGAAAGAUCCUCCAGCAGCUUGGCUUGGAUAGUACAUGUGAUGACAGUAUCAUUGUGAAGGAAGUUUGUGGUGCAGUGUCAACGAGAGCAGCAAAGUUAUGUGGUGCCGGCUUGGCUGCAGUUGUAGAUAAAAUAAGAGAAAACCGUGGUCUGGAUCAUCUUAAAACUACUAUUGGUGUUGAUGGGACCUUGUACAAGUUACACCCACAUUUCUCUAGAAUCAUGCAAGAAACUGUGAAGAAGUUGUCACCGCAAUGUGAUGUGACAUUUAUCCUUUCAGAAGAUGGCAGUGGAAAGGGAGCCGCACUUAUCACUGCAGUGGCCAAAAAGUUCCACAGUAGAGAGGAACAGGACAAGAAUUAGAUGGCUACCAAAGCAAAACUUAUCUGAGUCUACAACACAUGCAACACUCAACAAUAAAUAUAUACAAAGUGUCACAAAAAUAACAAUUUAAAAAGUAUUAACUAUUUUCUAUUAGUAUCCUGCUGCAAAGUCUGUGUAACUCUUUCACAAGGUUGGCUGUUCUGCUGCCUCUAACAUAGAUAGAAUGCUCCUUGCUCCACCUAGUUUUCCUCUCCCUUGUCUUAGUUUUAGAGAUACAAGUAGGGAUAUGGGUGGAGGUAAUAUACAGCAUAUUAGUGUGUGAAUAUGGAGAAAAGCAUCAUAGUACUAAGGAAGGACAGAUCAGCUUCAUGGUCUGUCAGUGCAAAGGAGAAGAGAUCCUUCAAUGUUUGUAGAAGAGGAAAGUAGUGCAGAAAUAAAGCCGUAGCAUCCUGGGCAAACAGACAUGGGAGAAUACAGCCACAUAAGGGAGAAGUCAGAAACCAGAAGCAGGUUGCAAACUAUGGGUAAAAUUUAUCAAAAGCAGUGGAGAGGAAAAGUUGACCAAUUGCCCAUAGCAACCAAUCAGAUCGCUUCUUUCAUUUGUAACAAUACUUCUAAAAAAUAAAAGAAGCAAUCUGAUUGGUUGCUAUGGGCAACUGGUGAACUUUUUCUCAGCACAGGUCUUGCUAAAUCUCCCCUUAUGUAUCAAGGGUCUGAAAUUGAAUGGAGGAAUAAAGAUUGCAGCCUAUAUACAGUAUUUAUAUUCCCCAACAUAAAAUACUUUAAUGGAUUACGUCUAUCAAGUGUACAGGAUCUUUUAGUAUCCGCACUAUGUAUGAAUUACAUUUGUAGAGGUAAUAUAUUCACAUUGUGUGUCUGCCUGUAAAACAGCUCCUUUAUUUUGUUUCAUCACUUACAAAAUAGUAAAAAUCCCAAAACUCUAUGUGUAAGUGAAGCAUUUUUCCACCCCUU